CGGACAUGAUCCUAUAGUUCCUGUGACGAAUAGUGGGCUUUCGGGUGACUGUGUUACACUUUCAACCUUGGCCAUCCAUUUUCAAGCUUAGUUUGAUACCCUAGGUUGUCUUUCUGGUUCUCUAAAUCUCAACAAGUUGUACGCGCUUCCUUCCCUCUGAGACGUAAACUAACUUCUAUUAAUCCAGUAGUACAAGCUAUGACAUCUUUUCCACCGAGUGAUUCUAUCAGAAAGUCUGCCCAUGUCAAGUGCUGCGAGGAACACAAGAUGAUAAGUUACAGAGCUCUAAGUAACCCCAAAGAAUUUUGGCUAGAAUAUGCCAUGAAGUUUAAUUGGCAACAGGUGCCGUCUUUCGAAAAAUGCCUGAGUUACAACUUUGACUGCAGGAAAGGACCAAUAUUUGUCAAGUGGUUUGAAGAUGGUUACACAAAUAUAUGCUAUAACAUCUUGGAUCGCAAUAUUGAUCGAGGUUUUGGUGACAAGGUGGCAAUUUUUUGGGAGGGCAAUGAUCCAAAUGAUACAAUCCGUCUUACCUACUCAGAUUUGUUGUCGAAGGUUAAAAGAAUUGGAAAAAUGCUUGAAAAUCUUGGAGUUCAAAAAGGCGACUGUAUUGCUAUAUACAUGCCUAUGGUUCCAGAGCUCAUAAUGACUAUGCUAGCAUGUGCUCGUCUUGGCGCUGUACAUUCUGUUGUGUUCGGUGGAUUUUCUGCUUCUGCGCUCGCCGAUCGAAUCACAGAUGCCAAAUGCAAGAUCCUCAUUACUGCUGAUGGGACUUGGAGAGGUUCAAAGCUUAUUGACCUCAAGUCGAUUGCAUCCAACGCCAUGGAUUUAUGCCGGGAACAAGGAUAUUUUGUUCAACGAUGCAUUGUAUUUCAACAUGUUACGGCUACUCCGUCUAACACCAUAAAUGAUAUUAAUAAUGUUGAGAGUAGAGAUGGUGUUCGACCAGCUACAAAAUUGAAUGUCCCAAUGGAAGAAGGACGUGAUACUUGGUGGCAUGAUCUGAUCAGCACCAUACCCGAAAAUACUGACUGCCCUAUUGAGUGGGUAAAUUCUGAAGACCCCUUAUUUAUACUUUACACAAGUGGCAGCACAGGACGACCAAAAGGUGUCGUACAUACCACAGGUGGCUACAUGGUUUACACAGCUACAACCUUCUUUUACACAUUUGACUAUCAUGAUGAUGAUAUAUAUUGGUGUACUGCUGAUGCUGGUUGGAUAACGGGUCAUUCAUAUCUUGUGUAUGGACCGUUGUUAAACGGUGCAACGAUUGUAGUGUUUGAAGGUAUUCCAACUUGGCCAGAUCCAGGUCGGUGUUGGGCUAUCAUAGAUCGAUAUAAAGUUUCAAAAUUUUAUACAGCACCAACAGCAAUACGUACUCUAAUAAAGGCUGGUGAUCAAUAUGUUAAAUGUCAUGAUCGCACAUCUUUAAAGGUCCUCGGUAGUGUUGGUGAACCAAUCAAUGUUUCUGCUUGGGAAUGGUAUUAUAAUGUCGUAGGUAAUGGUCAAUGUUCUAUUGUGGAUACGUUUUGGCAGACAGAAACUGGUGGACAUAUGAUUACUUCCCUUCCUGGAGUGAAUGUAAUGAAACCAGGCUGUGCUACUAAACCAUUCUUCGGUGUUGAUGCUCGCAUAUUAUCAGAUGAAGGUGAAGAUCUAACUGAUAAAUCCAAAACAAUGGGUGUGGAUGUAGAAGGUUAUUUGGUAUUUGCUAAACCAUGGCCUGGUAUGAUGAGAACGAUAAACAGGAAUCAUGAACUAUUCGAAACAGUCUAUUUCAAACGUUUUCCUGGUUAUUAUGUUGCUGGUGAUGGUGCUAGGCUGGACAAAGAUGGAGAUUUCUGGAUUACUGGUCGUUUGGAUGAUAUGCUAAAUGUCAGUGGUCAUCUUAUCAGUACAGCUGAAGUGGAAAAUGCUCUUUUAUUGAAUGCAAAUGUUAGUGAAGCUGCUGUAGUUAGUCGACAACAUCCAGUUAAAGGAGAAUGCUUGUACUGUUUUGUCACGCUUAAGGAUACUCAGUGCCAGAGUAACUUGAAUGGUGCUAAUGAUGUGAAUCCACUUACUCCACAGAUAAAAACAGAGCUAACUCAAAUUAUUAGAAAAAAGAUUGGCCCGUUCGCUACUCCAGAUUAUAUUCAGAGUGCACCUGUAUUACCGAAAACACGUAGUGGUAAAAUUAUGCGACGUUUACUGCGAAAAAUAGCUAAUGAAGAUUAUAAUUUUGGAGAUACUUCUACAUUAUUGGACUAUUCAUGUCUGGAAACCCUCAUUAGAUUAUCAAAAUCAGUAAUUAACUAAUAUUUACCCUUUUAGACAAUAAAAAUGCAAUUAUAUAUAUAUAUAUAUA